AUGUGGGCACUCCCCCCGCCCAGCGCCGUUGCCAUUGGUGGGCUGCGCAGGCCGGUGGGCGGACGGACCAAUGAGGAUCCGGGAUCCUGCGGGCCGCUGAAGCCCCGCGGCAACGUCACGGGCUGGGCACACAGGUGGGCCGGAGAGGCGGAGCUUAGAUGGGCAGGAAGGCGGGGCUGAAAGUUCCUACUCGGUGGAAGCAGAGAACCAGAUAUGGAUAUUUCACCUGUAUGAAUGUACUGGACCUGGAGUUAUAGAGAGUUGUGAGCCACGAUGUAGGUGCUGGGGGUUGAACCUGGUUCUUAACCACUGAGCUACCUCUCCAGGGUCCUUUGCCUUCAUUUUAAAUGAAUUUUCGCUGGCCUGGUGGACUAGAGGAGCUGAUGUCACACUGAGGAUGGUGGGGGAUGGAGAUGGAGAUGGAGGCCGAGAGCCUGGUACUUCCUGCAUGGACAGGAUCUGAGUCCCUGCUGGGUUGCUUGUCUCCACAGGAGGCACUGGCAUGAAGCAGCAGAACUGGUUUGGGCUGACAGCCAAGAUGGGCACAGUGCUGUCAGGGGUCUUUUCCAUCAUGGCCACCCACAUGCACCUCAUCUUUGAAAGGAAGCAUCUCGAGAACAGCAACUGCACGGAUAACCUCCAGAGUCAGUUCACCAACGUGGUGAGCCACUUCAUCAUCUGCUGGAGCUUCAAAAUCGUUCUCCUCCUGUCCCUCGUCACCAUGGCGGUCAGCUGCUUCCUCCUGUAUUCUGUGUAUGCCCAGAUUUACGGGGGUCUCAUGAGCUACACCAUCUGGAUCUUCACCUAUGAGUCCAUCAACCUGGCUGUUCAGAUCUUCACCAAUGAGUUCAGCGUGGCGCUGGUCAGAGCCAUGCGCUGGUUCGGCUGGGUGUCCCGUGCAUCCCUACACAGCCUCUGUCUGUACUUUGUCGUUACCCAUGCCCAAAUCAUCUACCAGAGUAAAAAACAGGGCAACAUAAUCUCUUACCAUAGGCGUAUCUCUUUGGGAGCCGGAGACGCUCCACGGCGGAAAUCAAAGAUUAUAACCUUUAUCCACCAUAAUAAUUAAAGGUGGCCAUUUUCCAUCGUGGAGGUUUUCAGGGUAGUCUCAGUCCCCCAGUCUACCUUUCUUGGAGGGGGAGGGCUGCUUUUGCUAUGCCUUAUCUUCUUUAGCCUCAACCCCUAGCUAUGUCUCCUGUUAUAGUCCAAAUGAGUACAAAAAUAAAAUGAGAAAAAAAAGCA